CCGUGGGUGCAGAUAUCCAAUUUCCAUUUUACGUAACCACAUCAAUUCUGAGUUGCCAUUUUUUUACACACCAAAAAUGAACAUUGAUAUCGAAGUACUUUCCCAAGAAAUGAUCAAACCCUCUUCUCCAACCCCUGACCACCUUCGUCAUUACCAACUCUCUUUCCUUGAUCAGAUUCAACCCCCAAUUUUCAUGCCUUUGGUUAUGUUCUACCCCAAAGAACAUGGUGGUAGCAACUUAGAACAAUGCAACAGGAUAAAAAAAUCUUUAUCCGAGGCCUUAUCUGUGUACUACCCGCUGGCAGGGCGGGUCAGGGACAAUGCCUUCAUUGACUGCAACGAUGCAGGUGCUCUCUUUGUGGAAGCUAAGGCUAGUUGCCACCUUUCUGAUAUUCUUGAAAAUCCAAAUCCAAAUAAUCACAACAAGUUCAUUCCUCUUGAGCUUGAUGAAGCCACUGCGUUACCGGCUAUGGUACAAGUCACCUACCUUGAGUGUGGCGGUUUGGUAGUUUUCCUUGGCAUGUCGCACAAGGUUGGUGAUGCCUUAUCAUUUUUCAUGUUCUUAAACUGCUGGGCAGCUUUUGCUCGUGGUGACACUGAUAUAAUAAGUCCUCAGUUCGAUUCUGCCACCCUUUUCCCACCAAAGGAUAUCUCUGGGUUCCAGCCGAGGACUGGGAUUAUAAAGGAGAAUUUAGUGUGUAGGAGAUUUGUCUUUGAUGCUUCUGCAAUAGCAGCUAUCAGAGCCAUAUACACUGACAACAACAGCAUCGAUGCCAGGCGUCCAACUCGCGUUGAGGCCUUAUCUGCCUUCAUAUGGAGCCGCUUUAUGGCUGCGACUCAAGAAAAAGCAGACCAAGGAAAGCUCUACACAGUGAUUCAUGCUAUGAACUUACGUACAAGGAUGGAUCCGCCGCUUCCAAAUCACCAUUUCGGGAAUAUCAGCAGACCAGCGAUUGCAGUGCCAUCAAUGGAUAAGGAAGAUGAAUGUUAUGACAUUCUGAACCAGAUGAGAGAAGCAAUUCGAAAAGUGAAUGCCGAGUAUGUGAAGAAGCUUCAAGAAACUGACGGACACUUAAAUUUCAUCAAAAGCAGGGCUGCAAGUUUCAUGAAAGGAGAGGUGGUCACCUUUAGCUUCACCAGUUUGUGUAGGUUUCCUGUGUAUGAUGCUGACUUUGGGUGGGGAAAGCCUGUGUGGCUUGGCUCUGCUCUCUUGACUUUCAAGAACUUGUGUUCAUUCUUUGACACCAAAUAUGGAGAUGGAAUUGAGGCAUGGAUCAACGUGAAAGUGGAAGACAUGGCUAAACUUGAAGCUGACAAGGAGUUCCUUUCGUAUGUUUCUUCAACUUCUAACGUCAAAGCUUCUGGGUUUUAGGCCUUCACGAAGCCAGUCAGAGCUAAGUAGCUUCAUGGAUUCUGGGGACUGAAAUCUGAAUCAAAUGGCAAAAAAAAUUCAUUGCUGGUUCAUUUUAUCUUGUUUCUUUGUAAGUGUGAAAAAGCAUUGAGAUUUUAUUAUUUAAUUUAUUAGCCUAUUGUGUAAUUAAGUAGUAAAUAAGACUGCAC